CGCGCCCGCUCCGGCCGGCCCUGCGCCUCCCGCCGCGCCCGGGAUGUAUUCGUCCCCGCUCUGCCUGACCCAGGAUGAGUUCCACCCAUUCAUCGAGGCGCUGCUGCCUCAUGUGCGCGCCUUCGCCUAUACCUGGUUCAACCUGCAGGCGCGGAAGCGCAAGUACUUCAAGAAACAUGAGAAGCGAAUGUCCAAGGACGAGGAGCGAGCGGUGAAGGACGAGCUGCUGGGUGAGAAGGCCGAGGUGAAGCAGAAGUGGGCGUCGCGGCUGCUGGCCAAGCUGCGCAAGGACAUCCGGCCCGAGUGCCGUGAGGACUUCGUGUUGGCCAUCACCGGCAAGAAGGCGCCGGGCUGUGUGCUCUCCAACCCUGACCAGAAGGGCAAGAUGCGCCGCAUCGACUGCCUGCGCCAGGCCGACAAGGUGUGGCGGCUGGACCUGGUCAUGGUCAUCCUCUUCAAGGGCAUCCCCCUGGAGAGCACCGAUGGCGAGCGCCUGGUCAAGGCAGCUCAGUGCGGCCACCCAGUGCUCUGCGUGCAGCCCCACCACAUCGGAGUGGCAGUCAAGGAGCUUGACCUCUACCUGGCCUACUUCGUGCGGGAGAGAGAUGCAGAGCAGAGCGGCAGUCCCCGGGCCGGGAUGGGCUCUGACCAGGAGGACAGCAAGCCCAUCACGCUGGACACAACCGACUUCCAGGAGAGCUUUGUCACCUCCGGUGUAUUCAGUGUCACCGAGCUCAUCCAAGUGUCCCGGACACCUGUGGUGACUGGAACAGGACCCAACUUCUCACUGGGGGAGCUGCAGGGGCACCUGGCAUAUGACCUGAAUCCAGCCAGCACCGGCAUGAGGAGAACGCUACCCAGCACUUCCUCCAGUGGGAGCAAGCGGCACAAAUCGGGUUCGAUGGAAGAAGACGUGGACACGAGCCCCGGCGGCGAUUACUACACCUCUCCCAGCUCUCCCACGAGUAGCAGCCGAAACUGGACGGACGACAUGGAAGGAGGCAUCUCAUCCCCGGUGAAGAAAACAGAGAUGGACAAGUCACCUUUCAACAGCCCGUCUCCCCAGGACUCACCGCGCCUCUCCAGCUUCACCCAGCACCACCGGCCUGUCAUAGCCGUGCACAGUGGGAUUGCUCGGAGCCCUCACCCAUCCUCGGCCCUGCACUUCCCCACCACCUCCAUCCUGCCCCAGACAGCCUCCACCUACUUCCCUCACACAGCCAUACGCUACCCACCUCACCUCAACCCCCAGGACCCGCUCAAAGAUCUCGUCUCACUGGCCUGUGACCCAGCCAGCCAGCAACCUGGACCGUUAAAUGGAAGUGGUCAGCUCAAAAUGUCCAGUCACUGCCUUUCUGCUCAGAUGCUGGCACCCCCGCCCCCUGGGCUGCCGAGGCUGGCGCUUCCCCCUGCCACCAAACCCACCUCCGAGGGAGGAAGCACGUCACCGACCUCGCCCUUCCUGGUAUCUGGGAUAAGAGAGAUUUCUUCCCACGCCCUGCUCCUUCAUCCCAGGUGGGCUGCACAGCCGGCCCCCAGCCCACGUUUUCGGUGGAAAGUUAGAGCAAGCAAGAACACCCUGCCGACUCCCAGCCCGGCUGAAAAGACAAAACACAUAGACACAUACACACAGGAGGAAAAAAAGAAAAAAAAAAAAAAAAAGACAAAUGGGAAAAAAAUCAUAAAAAUAAACCCACCCAAGCAAGAAGACAGAAGGUAAAGACGGCAACGCUUCAGACUCUCGGGACGCCACGGCUGGACCUGCCACCCCUCGCUGGACCUGCCACCCCUCGGCGGACCUGCCACUCCUUGGUAGUGGGCACGAGGACAUGACAGUGCCACAGGGGUCUAAGUUACUCAUCUCUCACUGCUGCUCUGGAAGGGCAGAUGCCCGCCUCCACCUCCACCAGGACCAGGUGAGCGCAGCCUGGUGCUCGUGCCCGGGCCCCAAGGGGCAGGACACCCAGCAAGGCCACCUCUCCCCCACGCCCCAUCGUCACCACCACCAGGAUGUCGGCCAGGCUUCCCACACUGGUGUUGGUGUUUCCAAGCAGGAAGGCAGGCGCCACGGAAGCCGGGGUGGGCAGGGAAGUGACAAGGGCAGAAGAGGGUUGUGGGAGACCCCGGGCAUCACCAGGGGACAAGGACGUGUGACAGAUUCUUUCUCAGGAGUGUUCUGGGGUCCAUCAUGGGAUCUCUACCUGCCCCAAAGCGUGCACGUGCUGGGCGGGCUCGGGACUCGGUCUUUCAGCCCCAUGCCUGUCUGUUUGGGAGGAGAAGUCUCUAUGCAAUUGCCCCCCAGCCCCACCCGGCGGCAUAGAAGGCCACCCCCCACCACACCCGCCUGCAGCUCCACACCCCCAGGGGAGGGAUCCACGUUGCACACACUGUAAGAAAUGCACUUUCCAAGGAAGGGGCUGUGGGGGCGAAAUGGAAAGACCCAGAGCUCAAGAAAGAAGGUCAUCUGGCGUCUCCAUCGGCUGAGCCCUGGGAGGGGAGGACCCCUCCCACUUACCCAGAGGAGGAGGGAGGUGAGAGCGAGUGGAUUAAGUGCCUGAUUCCCACUGCCCACCCCCUCUUUGUCCAGCUGAGACGUGAGAGUGGCCGUGGGCAUCCCCACCCCUCCCCCACAACCCAGCCACCUUCAGUCCCCAACCUCUCAUUGCUAUGCUCCCCUCAGAAAGAUGGGGACCCCCAGUGGGCCCAAGGGGCAGAGCUGGGUGUCCCCCAAGCAUCCUGCUGUGCUGGGGCGCAGGGGGGUGGUCUGGGGAAACUGGUGUGCCCCCCCACGCCUCCUCUGCCAGUGCCUUACAUCCUGGAGCGACACCCCCUCCCUGGUGCCUCUCAGCCCAAAGGGGGACUACGGUUUGCACUUUUAUCUCCCCCCAAAGUGGGUGCGGCCGGGGAAGGUACAUUGCAGCUGGGCCCCCAGAAGGAUUGCAAUCCUCGAUGGGGUAGGGUUUCUGGUGGAAGGGGGGUGCCAGCCCUUCUGGGCCCCCUGCGGCUGCAUAGGGGACCUCCCAUCUGCUAAGCGUUUUCCGUUGAGCCGCUCCAAAAACACUAAGCUGGGGAUACCGGGUGCCCCCCACCCCGGCUCCCCAGCCCCAUCCCUUCCCCUGGACCCCAGUAUGGCCAUCUUGGGUGGGGGGCCUGGGAAGGAGUGUAAGGUGUUCUAGGGUCACCAGGCCCAAACGCAGGGACCCCUCCUGGCCCAUCCGAGUCCCCACUGGCCGCCUCCAACCUCCAUGCCUGGCGCUGAGGAAUAUCUACACCCCCAUGACUCCCACCCCGGGCCUAGGCCAAAGCUAUUGCCCUGAGCAGGGUCUCCGCCUCAUCUGCUCCCAGCCUGGCCCUCAGCUCCUUCUCUUGGUACCCCUGGGCCUGGCCAGCCUCCCCCCACCUCCAGAAACCGGACUUUCCUCCCAAACCAGCCCAAGGGGCUUGGUGAACCCACUUGAUAAUACAAGAGAAAGACCCAGGACCCUUCCCCACUGACUCCCCCUCCCAUUGUCCAGAGGGAUUCAAGAACCUUUGGUUCAUCCAUGGAUCCCCAGGGCUCCUCCAGGUGGCCAUUGGGGACUAAAGAAUGGGCUGCUCUUUAGGAGGGCAGGAGGGGUGGGUCAUGCAGCUAGGGUAUCCGGAAGCUUCUCAGCUGGGAACCUUAGGGUGCAGGUAGGCGUGGUAGGGGAGGGGGCGCCUGGCAGCCCCCAGCGACCUAACUUUGCAUGGUGCUUAGUCGAGGACUCCUGUGACCUGGCUCCUGCUGUCAGCUCACUACAGCUGACACUGCAUGGCAAGUUAUACCUGGCUCUAUCUCCCACUCCUAGCCCCCAACCCCCACGGCUCCCCCUCCUCUUUAAAAAAAAGAUACAAAAAAAAAUACCUUUAAAAAAGUCCAUGUUUCCUAAUUUGCACGAAAUUUUCUACCACAUGAUGUGCCUUGCCUUCCGAAAAUAAGUAUUACCUUUAAACAAUAUCAGCGCAAAGGUAGCUGCAUGCCCUGCUCGUGUAGUUAAAAAGAAAAAGACAAAACAAUGACAUGAAAUAAAAAGUAAAAAUG